AUGGAGAUCGAGACCAGCAGAAGCAAUAAUGAUUGUUCGAGCCCAUCGGCGGGAGAAGAGUUUAAGGAUAUGAUGAAGGGAGUGACAAAGUUCUUAAUGAUGGUGAUUUUCCUUGGAACUAUCAUGCUUUGGAUCAUGAUGCCAACACUAACCUAUCGAAACAAGUGGUUGCCUCAUAUGCGAAUCAAGUUUGGAGCAUCGACUUAUUUUGGUGCCACAGGGACGACACUUUUCAUGUUUAUGUUCCCAAUGAUGGCCGUAGCUUGUUUGGGAUGUGUCUAUCUUCACUUCAAGAAACGGAAGUCUCUACGCCAAAUUGAUAGGGAGACGAAAGGAGCGUGGAGUGCACUGAGAAAACCAAUGUUAGUGAAGGGACCAUUGGGGAUAGUCUCAGUGACUGAGAUCAUGUUCUUGGCUAUGUUUGUGGCUCUUCUUCUUUGGAGCUUUAUCACUUACUUGCGCAAUAACUUUGCCACUAUCACUCCUCAAUCAGCCGCCGCACAUGGCCAAUCUUUGUGGCAAGCUAAGCUGCAUUCAGCGGCGCUAAGAAUAGGGCUUAUCGGAAACAUAUGUUUAGCGUUCUUGUUUUUGCCGGUGGCUCGUGGGUCGUCGUUGCUACCAGCGGUGGGACUAACCUCGGAGUCAAGCAUCAAAUAUCAUAUUUGGCUCGGUCAUAUGGUCAUGACCAUUUUCACCAUUCACGGUCUCUGUUACAUCACCUAUUGGGCCUCUAUGCAUGAGCUCUCCCAGAUGAUCACGUGGGGAACGGAAGAUAUUUCGAAUUUGGCCGGAGAGAUAGCUCUUGUGGCCGGACUUGCGAUGUGGGCCACCACAUAUCCGACAAUAAGGAGGAGAUUCUUCGAAGUCUUCUUCUACACACACUACCUCUACAUCGUCUUCAUGCUCUUCUUUGUCCUCCACGUCGGCAUAACCUUCUCCUUCAUCGCUUUCCCUGGUUUCUACAUGUUCAUGGUCGAUCGUUUCCUUAGGUUUCUUCAGUCACGUGACAAUAUUCGGUUGCUCUCUGCUCGGAUUCUUCCUUCCGACGCCAUCGAACUCACUUUCUCCAAAAACCCUAAGUUGGGUUAUAGCCCUACGAGCAUAUUGUUUGUGAACAUACCGAGCGUUUCGAAGCUGCAAUGGCAUCCAUUCACAAUAACUUCGAGUAGCAAACUUGAGCCAGAGAAGCUAAGUGUUGUGAUCAAGAGCGAAGGUAAAUGGUCAACUAAGCUUUACAAGGCGCUUUCUUCUUCUGAUCAGAUCGACCGUCUCGCUGUUUCCGUGGAGGGACCCUACGGCCCUGCUUCCACCGAUUUCUUAAGGCAUGAAGCUCUGGUUAUGGUGAGCGGAGGAAGCGGGAUAACUCCAUUUAUCUCUGUCAUUCGUGAUUUGAUAGCAACAAGCCAAAACCAGAAAUGCAAAAUCCCUAAAAUAACUCUGAUUUGCGCAUUUAAGAACUCUUCAGAAAUCUCCAUGCUCGAUCUUGUCUUGCCACUGUCCGGCCUCCAGACUGAACUAUCCUCCGACAUAAACAUCAAAAUUGAAGCCUUCAUAACCCGAGAGAAAGAAGCGAGAAUCGAAGCAACAACAGAGAAAAUCAAAACUUUGUGGUUCAAACCAAGUCUUUCGGACCAAUCCAUCUCAUCAAUCCUCGGACCAAACUCAUGGCUCUGGCUUGGCGCAGUUCUCUCAUCUUCGUUUUUGAUCUUCAUGAUAAUUAUCGGUAUCAUCACUAGGUAUUACAUUUACCCGUUCGAACACAAUACCAAGAAGAUCUAUUCAUCGACUUCAAAAGGCAUCCUAUAUAUCUUAGUCAUCUCCGUGAGCAUCAUGGCGACUUCUAGUGCGGCUAUGUUGUGGAACAAGAAGAAGUACGGUAACGUAGAAAAUAAACAGGUCCAAAACGUCGACGUUCCAUCUCCAACGUCUUCUCCAGUCUCAUGGGGUUACAAUUCCUUGAGAGAAAUCGAAAGUUCGCCACAAGAGUCUCUCGUGCAAUGCACAAACCUUCAUUUCGGAGAAAGACCUAAUCUCAAGAAACUUCUACUUGAUGUGGAAGGUUCGAGUGUGGGAGUUCUUGUGUGUGGUCCGAAGAAGAUGAGGCAAGAGGUUGCAAAGUUAUGUUCCUCUGGCUUGGCUGAGAAUCUUCAUUUUGAAUCUAUCAGUUUCAGCUGGUGA